UUCAAGGACACGGCUACUUGUCCAGCUCCUAUCACAUCUGCCUACGUUUUACCUUUUGCGUAUCGACCUUGAAUACCAUUAGAAUUUAUUGCGACCGUGCCUCCGAGACCACAAACAAACACUUGACGUGCUGUGCGUAUCGUCUCCGUUAACCCCGAGAGCUCCUUUUCCCCAAAGCGACAAUCACGAUGCAUCUCUACAUGACCUCAGCUGCGCUGCUUGCUGCGACGACGGCGCCUCAGCUUGUGAUGGGAUUCGAUUGUCAGAAGCUCAAGGCCGACGAUUACACAUUUGACCUGUCUGCUCUCAAAGGACCUCAUUCCGUAGUGACGUCAAGCUUCGUGUCUGGUUCCGGCAACUACCACAACACAACAUACACGCUAGAUAUCUGCAACCCAUUGGCGAAGGGCAAAGUUAUUUCCGAAAAAGAAGGAUGCCCAAAGGGCAGCAGAGUAUGCGGUGUUCGAAACAUUAUCAGCGGCGACAAGAAACUGCUCGACGACGUCAUUACAAUCGCAGGCGACUUAGCAGACCAUGGAGGCAGCGAUAUGGAUGCUAAGCUAGUCCGACUUAGCAAAAGCGAUUCUGAGUCCGACAAGGGCAAAGAAGGUGUCAGAUUGACUCUCCAAGGCGGCAAGCACCCGCUGGAUGGACCGACAAAAGACAGAAGACCGCAGAAAGCAAUCAUUGAGCUUCUGUGCGACAAGGAAAAGGAGGGAACCGAAGGCGAGUGGGAGACUGACGAAAAGUACUUUGACGCCAAAUCCAAGCGCGAUGCCAAGGACGACAAGAGCAAAGACCCGGGUGCUAAGGAGGAGCAGCUGAAGAAGGCUGAUGCGGCACUGAUCUGGAAGAGCUACGAAGCAGAUGGCGACAGCGACGUGCUGCGCCUCGAAUGGCACACCAAGCAUGCCUGUGAGAAGCGCGACGGCAACGACGAUGACAAGAACAAGGAUGAUAAGGGCAAGGACGGCGACAAGGACGGCAAGGGUAAGGAUGGUGACAAGGGCGAUGAGAAAGAGCCAGAGCCAGAGCCUUCAAGCGGAAACUGGGGCUUCUUUACAUGGCUGAUUAUCAUUGUCUUCUUGAGCGUUGCCGCCUAUCUCAUUUUCGGAUCUUGGCUCAACUACAACCGCUAUGGCUCCCGAGGCUGGGACCUUCUCCCCCACGGCGACACGAUCCGCGAGAUUCCAUACCUGCUCAAGGAGUUUUUGCGCCGGGUGCUCAACUCGGUCCAGGGAGCUGGAAGCAGAGGAGGAUACAGCGCUGUAUAAAAAAGAGAAUUGGUGCGGUUGACUUAGACCUUUUGUAGCGACGGGCUCGUAUAGUUAUACUUGUAUAUUUUAUUUUUCUGGAACGACAGCCGCAUUUCAAGAUGCUGGGCUAAUCUCACGCAAGGGCGUGUGCUUCCUUUCCACCUGCCCAGUUUUUGUACACGAUUGGAUAGAUGCCUAAUACAGAUGCCAAUUUUUUUUUUUUCGUUUUCUCUCUAGUAAAAGUAUACCUUUUAUAAUUUACAAUCUACUUACACA